UUAACAAAACAGCUUUGUCUUGGUCUGCAGCCUCGCCUCGCCUCGCCUCCGGGUCGCAAUGGCAAUGGAAGUUGCCGUCUUUGUUGAGACUAACUUGGGAACCCGAAUCGCCAUGACGGUUUCUCUCGAUAUCACAUCCCCAGAUUUCAAGAGAAAACUUGAGGAAACACAUGCAAGUUGCCUUCCCACCUUAGGGGAGAUACGAGUUCAUGCUCUCAUGGUUCACCGAAAGUCUCAGUUUUAUUACAUUGCUCAAUCUGUGCCUAUAAAGUUUAUCUUCCGGGAUAACCAUUCUAAGCCCUGGUUUAUCCACGCAGAAGCUACACUUGUUAACAGAUCACCAGCGCCAAGCAUAUCCAACUGCUUUGGUAAAUCUCAAAUUGUACAUUUCUCCGGUUCUAAUAAAUCCCCUCAAGGAGUCGUUGGCCUGAUCCCUGCUGUAAACAAGAAGACAAAGAAGAGAGAGUUUGUCGGUUCUGACACCAUAGUAAGAUGUUCAUUGUCGACAGCAAGAGCUGCUGAGUUGAACUCGAAAUGUUUCAUACCAAAAACGCCGGAGAGGGAAACUGGAGCGACUGCGAGUAAAAAAAGUGAAACGAUAAGCAAUAAGCUAAUUGUGGCUGCAAACAAUAUCAGAAUGCAAGGAAAGUCUAGUAUGUCUUGUUCACUAUCAUCAUCUAUUUUCAGAAGCAAAAAUCGGAGAAAGAGAUGCAUGGAUGCUAAGACACUCGCUUCUCUUGCAAAGUUUAUGGUCUUUGAGAUACCUGAUACUGAGGAUUGAGUCACUAAAAGGGAGGGAGAGAUUCUCUGUACAAACAAGACAUGGCUACAUUUCUUCAGUUUGUCACCGGAACAUCAAAGGUUAAGGUGAUAAUCUUCACCGGUCACCUUCAGAUCCAGUGAAAAACCCAUCAAUGCUCCAUUCUUUUCGACUCCUCUGUAUGUAAGCUUCAUACUUGUACCUCCUCUUUAGAUUUUAUCUGUCUCCAUAGGAUCUUUCGGUAAUCACUGCAGAAUGGAAAAAAACAUUGGAGAGGCUACUUUUAUCUGUCCAUAUAUGUUAGACUAUUAUUCGGAUGUUAGGACCUUUCUUGUGUUUCUCUUUAGAUUUUGUAAGCAAAAAAUCUUUAAAACAGAAGAAUCAAUGUUGCAAACUUCCCAAA